CACGCGCACUCUCACUCUGCGUCUCAGCGCUGCGCCUUUUGCACAAAAGCCUCAAGUUCAGCGCUGUGGCGCAUUAAUAACUUUCCUCGCUGCUCGGUUCACAGCGACGAUGUGGGAUUUGAUUCCGUGCGAUUAUUUUCACUUCUGAUAAAACAUGGACUGGAGGAUUGUUUAUCGCGUGCUGUAAAGGAAAGAAGAAUCACAUGUGCUUUUGUAAUUCAGCGCUCACCUUCUUACUCAUUUACCUGUGAUUAGCGAGAGGACUGGAUUACAGGCUGCUCUGUAGCAUGGAGGCUCGCGCGCAUUCGGAGAAAUCUCAUCUAAUUAAUGAGGGAAACAGCAAAACAUACUCUCUGAAACUUAACAGUGAAUUUCCAGGUUCCAAUGAAAGCUACCCGAGUCAGGUGUAUGAAAACGGAGAUGCCACAGGAGCCAUUGAGUUGAAAAGGCCCGUGGGAGCCCACUGUCAUGGAAGCAAAGCACAGUGGGAGGAAAACCGGGAUAAAGUGGUGGCUAAAAAGAAGCUGUACAUUGCCUCUGUAGUCUGCCUGCUCUUCAUGAUCGGGGAAGUGAUCGGAGGUUAUCUGGCCCACAGCUUGGCCAUCAUGACCGACGCUGCUCAUCUGCUCACAGACUUUGGUAGCAUGAUGGUUAGCCUUUUCUCCCUGUGGAUUUCCUCUAGACCUCCCACCAAGACCAUGACCUUUGGCUGGCACAGAUCAGAAAUUUUGGGAGCCCUGAUAUCCAUAAUGUCCAUCUGGAUCGUUACUGGGGUGUUGGUUUACCUCGCCGUUGAGAGAAUUGUAAAAAAUGAUUAUGAAAUCGACGGCAGAGUGAUGCUGCUGACUUCAGGGUGUGCCGUCAUGGUCAACAUCAUAAUGGCGUACAUCCUCCAUCACUCCACCAACCUUCACGGGAAUGACUCUGGCUAUCACAAGAUCACCGAGAAUGGGAUGAGUCCAGUGGGACAUGGCCACUCUCACAGCCUCCUGGGUAGCCAUGGGAACACCAGUGUCAGGGCGGCAUUCAUCCAUGUUCUGGGUGACCUUUUACAGAGUUUUGGGGUGAUGGUUGCAGCCAUCGUUAUCUACUUACGGCCCGAAUACAAAAUCGCUGAUCCCAUCUGCACCUUCCUGUUCUCUCUGUUUGUCCUGGGAACAACACUCACCAUCCUCCGGGAUGUGUUCCGCAUCCUCAUGGAGGGAGCACCCAGAGGAAUUAAGUUUAACUCUGUGAAGGAGGUUCUGCUCUCGCUGAAAUCUGUAAAGGCUUUGCACAGUCUGCAUUUGUGGGCUCUAACUAUAGGACAGCCCCUAGUUUCUGUCCACGUGGCCAUCGAGGAGAAUGCAGAUCCUCACAGCGUACUGAAGGAAGCCACAGAACUCCUGCAGACCAAGUUCGGCUUCUACGGCACCACCAUCCAGGUCGAGCCCUACAGUGAGGACAUGGCCUACUGCACCAUGUGCCAGGAUCCCAUAGAUUAACCUCACCAAGCAAAUCCGGUCUGCUUUAAAGUGUUUCGAUAGCGUGGGCUGCACUGUAAAGAAAAAAUAUUGAUGGUUCAUCAUGUGAAAAACCCCACUGAGGAGCAGCACGCUUGCAUGAGUGCCGAGUUCAACCUAAAAACUGCCAAGCAAAAGAUUUCUGAUGAAAGGAUCUCACCGCCUCGUUGACCAUGUACUGUCGUUUGUGUCGAUUCUAGCACUUUUGAUAAAAACUGAGAUAUUUUACUUAUAAGCAUCUCAGCAUUACUGCAGCAUGAUGAGCAAGUGGGGGUGGGGGUGGGGGGGUAAAAGGACCAAUAUAUAUAAAUUUGAAUAUUUUUUUAAAUAGUGCUGUACUUAGUGUAUGUCACAGAAGCUUCUAAGCUUUUACUCUAUCCCUCCUUUCCCCCCUCCUCAGUCAUCUGUUUUGGAGCUGAGAAUCUGAGCUUUCAGAUUUUAUUCUAAAUUGUUUAAAAUAAUAAUAAUCCAACUUGAAGGAGUGAAUAUGAAUAUUUCAUCAUGAAUACAUGAUGAAAUUAAAGUGUGGGAAUAGAACAGUGCACUAGAACCAAAAUACACCACCAUAAAGAGUAAUAUUCCUCUAAAAACGUUCCUCAGCCCAAACAAACGGAGGUGAAUUUAAGGCCGAAUGUCCGUUAACGUGUUCGCUUCUGAUGUGUCUGAUGUGCCCUGUUUUUGUGCUUCGUUACAAGUCAGUGUGCAACUUUGAAAAACUGUAAAAAUUCUUAAUGUGUGUCUGUGUGAACGUGUGUGUGCGUCUCUGUGUGUGUGUAUACUUUAUAUAUUUUACAUAUUGUAUAAAAGUCCUUGGUGUAAAUGUGUAACUGGUGGUACUGUGUGUAUCUACGUGUUCUCAUUUAUCACUACACAUUUAAUAAAGUCAGCUUUUUGUAAACCACGAUAAAAUAAAACAAGCGUCAAAUGAAAUCACGACUU